AUGGCCCAUGGUACCAAAUUGGCAGAGCGCAAGAGGCGCACUCGAAAUGGGUGUCUCAACUGCAGCCGUAGACGGCGAAAAUGUGAUGAAGUCAAGCCAGCAUGUACUGGCUGUAAUCGUCGCGGGGAAGAUUGUCAAUGGCGCAUACUUGGUUCAUUUCGUGAUGCGAAUAUUAAGGUGUUGGAAUCGAAUCACCCCUCCAUGAGUCAGGGAGGGGCUGUCAGCAAUAAUAAACGUCAAAGCAAAUUCAAGAUAUUGAAUAACUUGUCAAAUAUGCCCCGCACGAGGGGCACUAAACGGCAGUUUGAAACAGAGACGGUUCUGGAUCUGAGUUUAAAUCUCAAUCAGUCAGAACCGCCCUGUUUGUCUCCAUCUCCAUCACCCUCAAAGACCAACGAUGUUGCGCCCCCACCUGAUGUCGCCAACGAAGGUCAUCAAAUUCACUCGCCUGGAACUGCAACUCAUAGUCCCGGUACCAAUCCUGGCCAGACUCAGGGGUUGUCGCCGCCGCUGUCUGGCCAUGAAUCUACGCACCAUAUUAACAAUCAGCAAAGUGUUGGUCGGAUUGAUCUACACGCCGGCAAUAUACAGGAACAGUAUCCGAGCGAUAUCCAGUGUCACUUUGAGCCACAUUCUUUACACGACGAUGCCUCCUCUAAUGCCUAUCUGAAUUCCAGCCCGGAAUUUGUGAUAGAUGACCUAGCGACACUCCCAAAUCUUACAAAUGGCCCACAUUUCCAGCCUUCAGUGUCAGGCUCAUUUCAAUCUCAUUCACCUAUAUUCAAUCACGGUAUUUUUUCAGAUCCGGCGGACUUCACAAACGAUGUCUUUCUUCCUGGCUCUACCUACGAAGCGCUCCAUACCACCCUACGAAAUCGCCAACUAUGGACUGCAAGACCUGACGUCACAAACCUGUGUAGUCCCCGGGGCUCGAUAUCUCACCUUCAUACACCCACGCCAUUCAGCGACUCGGAUACCUUCAGCAGGUCAGGAAGAGAGUCACGGCGCUCAAGAUCCGGAAGAUUCAUUGAUCUCUCCCCUGAGCGGGAACAUAUCCUUUGGCAGAACUACUUGAAUGAAAUUUGCUCAUGGCUCGACAUGUUUGAUAACAACCAUCACUUCGCUUCUACUUUUCCCCAGAUGGCGAAGACAUCACCGCAUCUUCGCUACUCCAUUCUUGCACUAUCAGCGCGGCAACUCGAAAGAUUGCAGAAUGAAAAGUCUCAGUCAGAAAGCUUGUCGCUUUACCAGGAGGCUAUACACCUUCUACUGCCGGCGUUGGAAAACAAAACAACGCCCGUCAUUGCUUCUUGUGUUAUUCUGUGCGUCUUGGAAAUGCUGAGCUGUAAUCCCAAAGAAUGGCGCCGUCAUCUAGAUGGCUGUGCGUAUCUUAUUCAGGCAGCUGGUAUCAAUGGGUUCUCCGGAAAAGAAGAGCAGGCGCUGUUCUGGUGCUUUGCGAGAAUGGACCUUUGCGGUGGCCUCAUAUCAGAGGAAGAGACUAUCAUCCCGAUUCAUAAUUGGAGGCCGCGGGAUAUGAGUUGCGUAGAAGCAUCUCUGCUGUUUCUGUCUUCGGCAAAAAACAACUUCGAUGCAUAUGCCAAUUACACCGUUUAUCUUUGUGCAGAGACACUUGGAGUUCUUUUUGGCGGGUCGAAAACUGCCCAUCCCUGUACCUCAUGCCCAUCAUCCACAGACGAAGAAGGAAACUCGUAUAUACAUCGUUGGCAGGAAGUAUUUCGCCAUGCAGAGCUGUGGUAUGAGAAUCGGCCCAGUCAGAUGAAACCCGUUUUCACGGUCGCAGUCGCUACACCCGGGUACACCGGGAAAGACAGGCCAUUCCCCACAGUUCUAUACGGGAAUGGAGAUGCUAUCUCUGGCAACCAGCUUUACCACGUUUGCGCUCUCUUAUUACUUCAACGAAAACCCAAGACAUUGAAGCUUUCGAAGAAACCGAAAUCGGUUUUAUGGCAUGCUCGGCAGAUUUGUGCUAUAUCUGCUUCGAAUGCACACCAUGGCUGCUGGACCAAUGCACUUCAGCCUCUCUGGAUUGCCGGGAAGGUAAUGUCGCACUACUCUGAGCAUGCAGCUAUCGUGGAUACCUUGAUCCGGAUCGAGCAUGAGACUGGAUGGGCUACUGCAUGGCGUGUCGAAGAUUUGAAGGAGUUCUGGGGCGAUUAUGAUAAUGAUGAGUGCGAUAUGGACAUGGAGUGA